AUGUCGCCGAGUUCGUGUGCGCUCGUACAGCGGCGCCAGCGCUGCCAGGCGGUGAGAUUCGCCAAACGCGGGAAGCGCAGGAUGAAGCAGACGAGCGCGUACAGCCAUAGGGCGUUUGCGCGUCAGCGUGUCGAUGCCCUGCCGAUGAGUCGCCGUCGCUUCCGGCGCGCGCGCGCGCUGCGCCGGGAGGUCGCCGAAAGCGACAAACGUUACGCGAGCGCGGGUGGCGUCGAGCCGCUGCUGACGUCAUCGUCUUCGUUCGAAGCGUCACAGCGGCUACCGUGGCGACGGCGCCGCAGGUGUCGCUGGCAGGCGUCGGAAAUCGCUGAGCAGAGGAGAAGAAGAAGGACGACCCUCCGCACUCGCCUCCCGCACCAUCCCGCCACCCCGGCCCCGCCACGCCGGCCCGCCACCACGUCCCGCCACCAAGGUCCUCGCACACCGCCGCGGCCGGACAGAGUUCAGCUGCGCAGUCACGUGAUCGUGCGGUACGGCGGCAGCACGAACGUCACUUCCGGUCAGACGGACGUGAGGACCAGCGAGACGAGAAAUGCUGACCAGCUUCGACACGCCCUCAGGUCGCCGUUGAGCGUCAGCGGGUCAGAGUUCACACACUUGACGAGGUCGACGGACAGGACUCGAAGCUGUGGGAGAAGCCGCCACCUCCUCCGUGUCCGCAGCCAGAGAAGAAGGAAACCCGCGUGCCGAGGAAGCUUUAUGAUAUCGUCCGAGCUGCGGGAGAAACUGGAGGAGACUCUAUCGCCGAAGCAGGACAAACCUUCCACGCCAACGGCACACGGCGACAGACCGGGCGCGGCGACCCUCUUCAGCCCGCGAUAA